AUGUAUUCGUAAUUUAUUUUAAGUGUGAUAGGAUGCUUCUUAAUUAUCUUCUCAACAUUUUGGUUCAGGACUCCAAUUAGAGAUAUCAAUGAAAUUGUUGCAUUUCGAAAACCAAUAUAUGAUCAAGUAGUAUUGUUCUUUUUGGAUGCCACAGGUUAUCGAUACAUAAUGAAUGAAGGAAAGGAUCAUGAGAUAUUCUAAACGAUUACUUUAUUGAAGGGAUUGAGAGAGAUAUAUCCUCAACAUACCUUCCUUCAGAAAACUAAGGCUGUCCCACCUUCAACUGACUUUACUAUUUUGAGUAUAAUUAAUGGAAUCAAACAGAUGUAAAACAAUUUGGAUGUGAUAUUCAAGUCUUAUCCAGCACCUUACGAAGAUUCCCUACUCAGAAAACAAUUUAAAUCAGCUCUGUAUUCAAGUAAGAAACAAGACUGGCUGCGAAUGACUUCAGGAGAGUUCACUUAUAUUGAAAAUCCGUAGUUUUUUAAUUUAGAAAACAUCUAAAUAGCAGACCUCUCAUCCUAUUAAUUCUUUAAGUAAUCUUUCUCAUAAGCUCAGCCAGAUUACUAGUUGUAUGUGGUUCAUAUGAUGGGAUUCGAUGCGCUUGGACAUGCCCUACAAUAUUAAGAUUACGAUAAAGGUAUAUAAUUGUUAAGAAUGUUUAAUACUAUGUUGGAAGGGGUGGUUAAUAAUCUAAAGGAGAAUCAACUUUUGAUUGUGAUUGGUGAUCAUGAUCAAAGUAGGAGAGGAAAACAUUAUCAAUGUUCUUAAGAAUCAUUUGAAUGUGAAGGCUUUAUUUUUGCAUUCUCAUUCAAUGAACUUUUGUAAGAUGAUAAAAUCUAUGAAGUUUAUGAACCCACUGAUUUAUCAGCUACCAUUGCUUCCCUCUUAGGAUAUUAACCAACCAGUUAAAAUCUAGGAAAGAUAAUACCUUAAUUUUAUCCAAAUACAGCCAAUAGAACAGAAAUCUAAAAUGAUUAAGAAAUGAUCAAAAAUUAAGUGCUCAAAUAUCUGGAGACUCAAGGAUACAAAGUAUCAUCCACAUUCAUUGAAGAAUUAAAAAAAGUGCCUGCUGAUGAAGUAAUUACUCAUGUUUAAAGGAACUUAUAAAUUGGUGUUCCAAGAAAAGAAUCUUUUAUAAUUGGAUUAAUGUUAUUACUUUUUAGUAUAUACUCAAUUAGAAGUUUCUGGGGAUAUCAAGAAAUCAUGAUCAUUGUAUCAAGUGGAUUCUUUAAUGCUUAGAUUAUGAUCCUAGGAUUGUUGGUCUUAGUGAUCCUUAAGAAAGAAUAUAAUAUGAAAUAGCUUCUCAAAAUAGUGGCUUUCUUGGUGUUCAUUUAGCUUCAUGAUAUGGGUUAUAUCCCUGAGAUCCUCUUAUCAAUUGAAAUAUAAUUCUUACUCAUUUUAGCAAUCAAAUAUCAUACCUACAAUUGUUCAGGCUAAACCUUCACAAAGUGGAAAAUAUCUUUGUUAUUCUUAUUGGUAAUUUUGUCAUAACUUACAGUCUAUGUAUUUUUCCUAUUGGGUCAAAGUGAAUUCGAAUUCAAAAGGUUCCUCUUGUUUAUUCUGAUAUCUGUUAUCAUCUUACUUUGUGUUAUAGAUCCAAGAUUUUUCAAUCAAGGAAAAGUGAAGGCCUUAUACUUGACAAUACUCUUUAUAUUGUCUGAUGUUACUGUGAUAUUCUAGCUCAAUUACUCCAAGAGUUUUAUACAAUUUGCUUUAUAAUUUCUGUUAUUGCAAUUCACAGAUGUCGGAUAGAAUAUACUAAUAUCUAAGAUCAUUUAUAAUGCAAUUAAUCCCAUAAAAAUUGAUCAUUAAGUGUUCAAAGGUCAUUAAUAAGUAAAUAUGAACUCAAUGAUAAUACUCACCUAAGAGUUUGAUAUUGGACCAUCGUUAUUUUCUGUUUUUAUUGGUAGUUUUGGAUGCUAAAUUAUAGGAAUUGCCUCUUUGUUUUUUAAUAAACUUAAUUAAAAUAGACAUAAAAUAAUUGGAGCCUUGAUUAUUUCAUCCGUAUCUAAUCUACUUCUAGAUUCAUGGCGGAUCCUAAACUAUAAACAAUCAAUUGUCAACACGAAUGAAAUGAUUGAAGACUAGAUUGCAUUGUUAAACAGUUUUCCAUUAAAAUUAGUAGAAUUGAUCCUAUAUAACUUAACUUUUAUUAUAUUGGCAAGACAAUCCAGGAAAUAAAGAGAGAAAUGA